AGCGUUUCAGAUUUUUGGGAUACCUGAUAGACGUUGGACCAGAGUUAAAACAACUUUACGGGAGCCUGGUAAGCAGUGUUAUCUUGCAAGAUGGCGGCCAUUUUGUGCACUCGCCUUUGCGCCAGAAAUACAUCAAAACUGGUUCUAAGUGUGGGAAGACCUAUUUUGGCAUCGUCCUCUGUCACCAGUUUGCCGUCGUUCCAGCGAAAAAAUCCUCUGCUUGCAAAUGCAGUGCACACCUCACCUCCCAAGAAAGAUCAGCACUACGAGAUUGCUGUAUCAAGGGCAUCAUCCCAUUGGCUGAAUGAACGCUAUGUCAGCAUUGCCCUUCUUGCAUUGAUACCUGUCGGCAUUGUAUACCCAUGUGCAGCAGUAGACUGGGGACUUGCUGUGCUUAUACCAUUCCAUAAUCACUGGGGAAUGCAUAAUGUGCUGAAAGAUUACAGUCAUCAUAUCAACCCAAAGCUCCCCAAGCCUGCCAACAUCACAUGGCUUGUCCUCUCCUUCCUACAGCUUGCUGGUCUGUGUUACUUCAACUACAAUGAUGUAGGCAUCUGCAAGGCUGUCUCUAUGCUUUGGGACAUCUAAAUGCUUAGACACUCUUACAAAGUCUUAGAGCUGUAGUCAUAUAAGAUAGGGCUUUACUGUUGUGCUCCAUCAGGAGGAAAUGGUCUUACGCCCCCUUAGAUACUAUAGUAAAUCCAACAAAACUCUAUAUUCUAUUAUGGUAAUGAUAGUGGAAUAAUAAAGAGCUUAUGGAUUGUAUCAAAUCUAUUUGUAAAAUGAAACUGUUUUAAUAAAAACUAGGUAACUGUUUGCAUUUUUUUUUCUGCCAUUAUGAGCAAUUUUGUUAUUGUCCAGCUUAUUUCAAAUGUUAAACUCCAGAAAAUAAUUUGUGUUUGUUUCACUAUUAAAUUAUGUCAAACUGA